AUGUUCACGUCAAAGAUCAUAUAUCCUUGGGGCGCAAUUAUCUCGGACUCAGCCUUGUUAAUAUGUAGCCGCAGGAAGAUUAUCAGUUGUUGUAGCGAAGAAAAUUUGAUGUGGGGCGAUUUACGUUUCAUUGAAGAAGAGGAGAGCAAGAAUGUUGGAGGGCGUCAACUGAAAAAUUUCUGUGCACCGCUGCAGAAGCAUCCUGGCCAUCCUUGUGAAGACAAGUAUCAAAGAACAUUCAAGUAA